AAACAACAAAAUGCUGCAAUCAGAGAAAAUAGAAACAAAGACCAACAAUGAACCAAACAAAUGCAAUCACCAGACUAUGUGGGAAAGUGCCAUUUUUAAACAAGCAGUUUUUAUAAUAUUACAGACAUUAACAUAUCUAAUGUUACCGACUCCAGACUCCCCCUGGUGGCCUGGAGGAUUUCUGCGUCAGCUGCAUCUUCGCUUUGCUCCCAUUUCCUCUGGUUGUAACAUUUUUAUUUUAAUUUUAGGUUUUGAAACAUCUUUUCGCAGCGUUUCUAUGCUGUAUUUGUGUUUUGGAGUUUGCAUUUUCGUUGUAUUUGCAAAUUUCAGAUGAUUUUUGAAUAUUGCGGCCAGGUUUUAGUUUUCCCAGGGUUUCUGGAGCUGCUGGUCCAGCCCGUCUCCAGACCCAGUGCAUGCUGGGAACCGCCAGGAGAAAGGUUUCACCAGGAUUUUUCUCCUCCACUUCACAGAAUAUCUUAAAAGAAUCUUCAUCCUCGACUUUCUGACCUUCGUCCGACUUUUUGGAGCAGAAACAUGGAGGCCAGAGGGAAGUACGACUUCACCGCCACGGCGGACGACGAGCUCAGCUUCAGGAAGAACGACAUCCUGAAGAUCAUAAACAUGGAGGACGAUUGGUGCAAGGCUGAGAUGAACGGACAGGAAGGAUUCAUCCCCAAAAAUUACAUCGACCUGCAGACUCCAGACUGGUUCAAGGAAGACGCCAGCCGCAGCCAGGCGGAGGAGCUGCUGAGGCACAAAACGGUCGGAGACUUCGUGAUCCGAGGAUGUCAGAGUUCGCCGGGAGACUUCUCCAUCUCCGUCAAACAUGAGAACGACGUUCAGCACUUCAAGGUGAUGCGGGACAAUAAGGGCCAGUACUUCCUGUGGUCCGAGAAGUUCACGUCUCUCAACAAGCUGGUGGAGUUUUAUAAAACCACAUCCAUCUCCAAAACCAAACAGAUCUGCCUCCAAGAUGGCUGCCAGGAGGGCAGGAGCCCCCCAGGCCCCCAGGUGAAGAGAGGAAGUUUGCCUGAGCAUCGAAACUCUGCUGCAGCCGUCGCCAGCGCGCCGCGCCGCGCCUCCGACCAGCCGUUCAGCCAGCUGGCUAAACGUUCCGGCUUCGAGGAGCGAGCGCACACCAUCGGACACACAGGCCGCAGCAGCCCCAUCAGCUCCGCCUGCCCGCCUCGCCGCACCUCCGAGACCAUGCCGCUGCCUACGAGGGCCGGCGGCGUCCAGGUGAAGGCGCUGUACGACUUCACGGCGGAGGAAGACGACGAGCUGGGGUUCUGUGCCGGUGACAUCAUCGAGGUUUUGGAUCGCUCGGACCAGGCGUGGUGGAGAGGUCGGCUGCGGGGUCAGAGCGGCUUGUUUCCUGCUAACCACACAACUCUGAUAUGAGGAGCCGAAGCGCCACCUGCAGGCCAGGCUGCGGCGGCUGAGUUUGCUGCAGGUUGAACAUUUCCUUCUGGCCUGCAGGAAGUUUCUAAACAGGAAGUGCUGCAGAAGCCAUGUUUUUUACCGUUUGUAUUAUAACGCAGCUGCAGGUAUUUAUUGAUGGAUGCUUGUUGGCCUGAUCAGUCAAAUCUUUCUGCUCACGUUUUACAGUAAAUUCACGUUUCAUUUGGUCAUUAAAACUCACUGAAGAGAAACUUUGUUACUAUUCAUCUGAUGUUUCCUUCUGAACUUCGGUUUUACCGUUUAUUAUUCUUCAGCCUCAUUGAGCUGCAUAAAUAUAGCAAAACCUGAGUAAGGUAAAAAUGAAUGGGUGGUUUUCAAAAUAAAAGCUGCACAGCUUGAA